CUCUUUCAGCAAUGCAGAUCCUCUUCUUACAAAACACGCUGCUGCAGCCUGUCUUGUGUUGUGUACUCAAGAUGAUCACAUUUGAUGUCUCACCAUUCCAGAUGGUCUUUCAGGGUAUGGAGGCGACCCUGUUUUCUCAGCCCCUGUGUCAGCUCUCCAAAAAUAAACUGUUUUGGAGUAUUACUGGCCUCCAUCCUAAUGAUGUGGUUUGACCAACGAAGCCUCACUUUCAACAGAAUCACCUUAAUUGAAACUGUCAAAGAUUUCGGUGUUGGUUACCCUGUCUUGCCACUUUUUGCCUAGAAUGGAGACAAGUGCACAUUAAUGGAACCUUUCCAGUUGUUUCAGCUGAUAUCCAGGCUUCACAGCUGUACAGAAGGGAUGUGUGUGUGUGUACAUGUUUUUUGCACCAUGUCUGUGCCAUGAUCAGCUGCUGCAAAACCCUGUCCAUCAUUUCAUAAACAGUGGACCAGUUAUGCUGUCACACACAUGCACAAUGACACAGGUGUGCUGUUAGCAUUUUUUUAAACUGACAGAGACAAAAGCAAUGCCCAAUAAAAUGUGCCUAAGCCACCAUGUAUGGUAUGUAUUCUACCAAUAUAAGCAGUGAUGUGUAACAUAUUGAUGAAGGAAUUGUAGCACAUAGCUUGCCAUGUUUUUACACAUUCUGUUGCGUUUGCAGUUUCUGAGAGAACCCAAAAUGCAGACAGUAGCCAAAACAGGAGGUAAGCCAAAAUAUGACUAAAGUCCAACAAAUGGUAUGUUCAAAAAGGUUCAAACAGGAGUACAUAACAAAACACAAAACCAAAAAUGCAGGCAGAGGGUGGCAAUGAACAAGCUGAAUUAACCACAGGGCACUGAACACAAAAUGUAACACAACAGCAAAACUUAGGGAGGUGUCAAGGAAUAGUUGAACAGUACACAGCUGCUCACGGGAGGAGACAAUAAUCACACAUAACAUGGGAGGAACCAAAGAUAAUCCAAAAACUCACAGUACAUCACGGUCACGGAGGAAGACAAAGAAGAACCCGGCAACUUAAACAGGGAACAGUGUGGUCAAAUACAGGUUGACAGGUGAAGAAACAAGUGACAGGUAGAGUCCUUUUAUUCAGAAAGUAGUGACAUGACAAGCCGGAAAAACAGUUAUGACUAGUUGUACCAUCCUAGGGCCAAAAUAGCAUCCGCUGUUAAAAUGUCUGCACGUAAAUCCAGCUAUUUUAUUUAUUUAUUCACUGAAAAUGCCAGGUUUGUUGUGGUUUUAUGCUCUAUAGUGUUCUGGUAUAGCUGUGGGUUACCAUUAUUCUCUUGUAGUUUAUAAUAAGAGACUGAGAUGAGGCACUUCGGGUCCUGCAGGCUUCUUUAUCUUCUUCUAAUACUUUUAUACAACCAGUAUAUCCCGGUAGCACCACCUAGUGGUCACAGUCAAUACAACAUGUACUGCUGUUCAAUACAAUACACCACAGGGAUGUUGUGCAUUUGACUCUAGUGACAGGUGCGCAGGAAUAGGGGAGGCUUGAAUACAGCACACACACAGAGACACACACAAAGUGACUCAAAUCGUAAAAGAAAACGGGGGUGAGUAGAACCAGAACAUCUCAGAACAAUAAUCCAACUAAAAGGAAAGCCACAAAAUAGUUGCUUCACACCAAAUGACCACUUCUGCAAUUGACAGAAGUGGAAGACAGUGUAACUGCAGCAAAAAAACAAAAAAACCACCAGAUUAGUACUCUACAUAUGCCACAUUUUUUUCAUAAAGAUUUGUGGAUUAGUGCUUGAGAAAUUAACAAAAAUGUUGAAAAAUUGCUGAUCUUGCAACAUUAAAGAAAGUAGAAAAGAUCAGCACCCUUAACUGGAUCCACUCCAGAUGUUACUCCCACCCCCCAUAUCCCACCCCUUCACUACAUUUCUAGAAAAUUAAAUAAUUAUUGCACAAUGCUAACAAACCACCAAAAACAUUACUUGCAGAAGUAGCAGCCAUGCAAGGUGGUGGGGAAUUUUGGAGAUUGUAAGUAGGAAUGCCCUUCUAGUUUUCUGUUCACAUUGUGCAACAGCUGUGCAUAGUACUUUCCUGAAGUGUAAUCAAAGUAAAAUCUUUUCAAAAAGUAAUUCCAGUGUUACUGAAUUGAACAAAAUGCAGCAAAGCCUUGUAGAAAAGUUACUUUGAUGUGAAAUCAUUGAACCCGAGGUGGUUCUGUGGUGCUCUGACACAUAGCACCAGCACAUGCUCCCAGGUCUGCGGUGAUUUGAAAUCUUUGGCAGUUUAUAGAGACAUUACACUGCAGUUUAUAGAGACAUUACACUGCAUUAAGCUGAUUACCUUCUAAAUUCCAUUCAAAUCUACUUUUGGAUGAAAUGAAACUAAAUAUUUUUCCAUCAUUACUGCAAAACUCACCAGUGACCCUUACAGUUAAACAUUUUUUACACUGGAUGGUCAAAUAUUUACAAAAAGCCCAUGCUGCAGUCAGUUAAACAGUUAUGUUUAUCUCAGCAAUAACUGGUCUGACCAGCAUGUGCAGUUCAAAUCAUGCUACGUAAAUCAGGGCAUUCCUUACUUCCGUGUACUGACUAUAUAUUGUCAUACAGCAGCUUGCAGUUCAUUCAGCGUGCUAACAGUCUUUAUAAUCAGCUGACUACUGAUUUAAGACAUUCUUUGAAAUUAUGUCACAAAUAAGAUUUUCAUAUUAUUUGUUUUUAUUUUUUGGCUGUUGUUGGAUUUGCUGCAGUACAUUUCCAACUACGCGCAACCAGGAGCCUGUGAAUGACAGACCUGUAAUAGGCAUUUUGACUCAGAUAAUUUCAGAUGAAGUGAUGAAACCAUAUGGGAAAACAUACAUCCCUUCUUCCUAUGUGAAGUAUACUGAGUCUGGAGGGAGCAGAGUGAUGCCUAUCAGAUUGGAUCUCAGCACUGCUGAAUAUAAGACAAUCUUCCAGUCUAUAAAUGGGCUGCUCCUCAUUGGGGGAGCAGUAAACCUUCAGACAUCAGACUUUGCCAAGGUGGCAAAGAUCUUUUACCAACUAGCUCUAGAGGCCAAUGAUGCAAGGGACUACUUCCCCAUCUGGGGUACAUGUAUGGGGCUGCAGCUGUUAACUGUACUGGUGUCUGGUGAACUGCUUAUGUCAAGGACCCCAGCUGAGAACAUUGCGAUGCCCCUGAACCUAACUUCAGAUGCCUAUCUAAGCAGAAUGUUUGCAACGUUCUCUGGUGACUUUAUGGAAACUUUGACUCAAGAACGUCUAACUGGCAAUUUUCACCAUUAUGGGAUUACAGUGAAGGACUUUGUUGGAAAUGAGAAGCUAAACAGUUUCUUCAACAUUCUGUCAACAAAUGUUGCGACGAACGGAGUCCAGUUUGUCUCCACUAUGGAAGCUAAAAAAUAUCCUUUCUAUGGAGUCCAAUGGCACCCAGAGGUGAAUCGCUUUCAGUGGGACAUCAAAGAGAACUUCCCUCACUCCCAUCACGCUGCUCAGUUGUCUGCACUUCUGGCUGACUUUUUUGUCAAUGAAGGGAGGAAGAGUUUGCAUCACUUUUCCAGUCCUGAGGAAGAGGCUGCAUCACUGAUUUACAUGUACACGCCUGUCUAUGCUGGAAACUUCACAUCAUAUGAGCAAAUCUAUUUCUUCUGAAAUCCCAAGGCAUUGUGUCACUUGUAAUUGAGAAUGAACUUCAUACUGCAGGAUUAAAACAUCAGUAUUUCAACUGCUAACUGUAACUGCAUUUUGCUGUGGGGUUGUAACAUACUGGACUUCUAGGUGCAGUUCAGAAAUAGAUUAUGCUACAAAUUUGGUCUGAAAGAGUUUUUCUGUAAAUUCUUUCUGGGGGGAAAAAGUGUCUACUCAUCUGUGGUGGUUGCUUCGCAUGGGAGAAAUCAAUUUUUCUUCACAUUGUUGGGGGAAGGAAUGAAUAAUAAUGGAGAUGAAUAUUAUCUACCAUAUUUUUCCAAACCUUCCAGUUACAUUAUGUAGCUAUAAUCAGUAAAACUGGCCUCUCAGGGAUACAAAAUAUUUUGCUUGAACAUUGUUAAUAAUGAUAAUGAUCGCCUGCCGAAUACAGCAAGAAAUAAAAGUCAUGAUCCAUGCAUGAGACUAACAUUUCAUUCUUAGCAUAAUUUUGUGGCUAUUUUGAAGAUGGAUAGUUGUAACUCUGUGGACUGCCCCUCCACUCUCACCCAUUCCUUUUUUACCAAAUUGUUGUCAUGUGUCAAUAUAAGAUAGUCAAAGGCUUGAUUGCUAACAUUUUUAAUAUAACCAGGAUUGUAAAAAAAAUUGGCUGAUCACAGGGCUCCUUUAUCUCCACAUGACAGGAGCACAAAUCAACCUCAUAAAUGUUUCACAUCUUUUUCAGCAAACCUAUGCUCUUAUCCAAUUAGUCAAUUAAUCAUAAAAAUGGCUGGUGGAACAAUCCAUUUUGAAAAGUUGUACUUGUAAUUCACAUUUGUUAAUAAUUUUAUAAUUCAUUAAAGUCAUUCUGAUGAAAAUU